AUGUCCCUCCCAAGCACAAUGAACGCCGUCGUGAUCGAAAAGACCGGCGGCCCCGAGGUCCUCGAUUUCAGAACAGACCACCCCGUCCCUACCCCGCAGGCGGGCGAACUCCUCAUCAAAAACAACAUCUCCGGCAUCAACUUCAUCGACACGUACUUCCGCACGGGUCUCUACCCGGCCCCCAAGCCCGAAGUCCUCGGCCGCGAAGGUGCAGGCGCCAUCGUCGCCCUGGGUCCCGGCCCUAAUCCCUACAACUUCCAAGUCGGCGACCGCGUCGCCUGGCUCAGCACCAGCGGCUAUGCGCAGUACACUGCCGUCCCCGCCGCCAAGGCCGUCAAGAUCCCCGAUGGCAUCUCGGACGAGGAUGUCAUGGCGUCGUUCCUGAGCGGCUUGACCGUACUCUCCCUGGUCAAGGAGACGUAUGCCGUGCAGAAGGGUGAUUGGGUGCUGGUGCAUGCUGCCGCCGGUGGCGCGGGCUUCCUCAUGACCCAGGUUCUGAAGAGCAUCGGCGCUCAUGUCAUUGGGACUGCAGGCGGCCCGGAGAAGGUCGCGCUGGUCAAGGGCUUGGGUGCGGACCAUGUCAUCGACUAUCGCAGCGAGGAGGGGAAGAACUGGGUGGAGAAGGUCAAGGAGAUUACCGGCGGCCGCGGGGUGGAUGUCGUCUACGACUCGGUGGGUAAGGAUACCUGGGAGGGCAGUCUGGAGGCUGUUAAGAGGAAGGGCACGAUUGUCUGGUUUGGCAAUGCCAGUGGGCCGGUUCCCCCUCUGCCUUUGACUAAAAUCUCCCCCAAAUGUGUCAAGGUGGCUCGUCCGACCCUCUUCGGCUACAUUGAAACCCGCGAGGAAUUCGAGUUCUACGUCAAUGAGCUGUUCAACCAACUAAAGUCCGGCCAGCUCAAGGCCAGAAUCCACAAGGUCUACCCUCUGGAGCAGGUCCGACAGGCCCAUACCGACCUUGAGGGACGAAAGACGACUGGAAAGUCCCUGUUGAAGCCCUAG